AAGCUGGCGGUGUCUUUGUGCUGCAAUGAGCUAUAAAUAUUGCAUUCAGGCUUGCUUUAGCACACAAUGAGUGAUGGUGUGCGUGUGCAGAAUGCAGCGCCGGGUCCCAAAGCGUUGCCAAAAUGUGGACUGAACCCUCCAAAAAAAAGGACUUAGGAAGUAUCCCACCCCCCAUGUUUCUCUGUCCUGAGUUCAUUCACUAUGUUGGGCGUUUAGCUGAAGGAGGCUCUCCGUAGCACUAAAACUUUCUAAUGAAAUCCCCCCAAAACUUUUGACGAACAGCAUUUCAAAAAAUUCCUUAUUAAGUUUUUUUUUUCCCCACACUUUAAUCUGCUAUUCCACCGAAAAAGAACUUCAGAAGUUGACCUUCUCUCCCUGGUAAGAAGAUGGAGCCCAGUUCCACAGAGGGAGGAGCUGAAGAGAUUCCGCUCCCGAAAAGUCCACCUCCAAAGGUGAUCCUCAAGCAUGGGCAGGAGCUGGAGGAGGAGCAGGAGGAGCUGGCCGAGCAUCAGCCUCUUGAGCAGGAAGAUCUCAACUUUGAGCGUUGGAAGCGCAGGCCCUUGCCCAGAAGGACGCUGCACCAGAAGAUAGGCGACUUGAAAACGUACCUGUGGAAUGCCGAGACCAAGGAGUUCAUGGGCCGCUCGGGAAAGAGCUGGAGCCUCAUCCUUCUCUUCUAUGCUGCACUUUACAUCUUCCUGGCAGCCAUGUUUGGCGGCUGCUUGUUUUGCCUCAUGUGGUCCAUUAGUCCCUACCAUCCCACCUACAACGACAGAGUGAUGCCACCAGGUAUGACCAUGGCGCCACAUCUGGAAGGCCACGACAUCGCCUUCAACGCCUCCGACCGCAAAUCGUGGAAGAAAUACGCCCGGUCCAUGGAUGAAUAUCUGAGACCGUACAACGACGGUGCGCAGGAGAGGAAGAACAUCCGUUGCACCCACAACAGGUAUUUCAUGCAGGAAGACCUGGAGGAGGACGCGGAGAGGAAAGCGUGCCAGUUCAAGAGGUCCUGGCUGGGGGAAUGUUCGGGCCUGCAGGACCCCCACUAUGGCUACUCGCAGGGGAGGCCUUGCAUCCUCCUGCGAAUGAACCGGAUUCUUGGAUACCUGCCUGGCCAAGGGAAACCAAUAAAUGUGACGUGUGGAGUGAAGAAAGGACCACCAGAAGCCUUGGGAGAGUUACAGUUUUUCCCCAAGAGUAUUUUUGACCUGAAGUACUACCCUUACUAUGGGAAACUACGACAUGUGAACUACUCAUCUCCAGUGGUGGCCGUGCGCUUCGUAGGAGUGCAGUACGACACCCACAUCCAAGUGCAGUGCAAACUGAACGGCAAGGGCAUCAUCAACGACUCGCCCACCGACCGCUACCUUGGCAGCGUCACCUUCUCCUUGGAGGUGGGCGCAUAGGACCUGCAGGACGGCACAGGAUGGUUAGGGUUUGGGUUUUUUUUUGUCCACCAUAUAUAAUUAUUCUCUUCAGACCUUAAGUGUACCACGACAAGCACAAUUACACUCAGUUUCACAUGCCUUGUGUUAAUUAUUAGUACAUUUAAUCCAACUAAAGACUUUUUUUGGUGUCUAUGCAAAUCCAAGUGAAACUAACAUACAUACAAACAUAUGUAUACUGUUUAUAUAUAUGUUAGAAUGGUUUUGUGUGACCGCGUACUAAUAUUUUGUGCAUAUAUUUUUAAAACAUGUAUAUUUGAAGGAAUAUCAUGCAAACAAUGAAUGCACUGUACUUACUUACAUAAAACAAGUGAAAAAUCGUACUUUUUCCAUGCCUUCUUUUAUAUAUACAUAUAUAUAUAUAACUUUUGAAAAUACUUUCUGUUCUGUCUUUAAUACAUCCUGAAAUGUGCUACUAAACCUGACGCCAAUGUUGUAUUUAUUCCUGUUAUAGCUCUUGUAAUAAACACAAUGAGAUGUACGGUCAACCUUUAUGUGCCAAAUUAAAAA